AUGGAUUACACAUUCUUCAGAAUAAUCCAAAAUGAUCCAGACAUCAUGUCUCUGGCUCAUCGAUAUAAGACUCUUCGCUUGCAGGGCCUGCAACAAUCACCUAGUGCCUUUUCUUCAACACACGAAAUAGAGUCUCAAUUCUCAGACGGCUUCUGGGCGUCUCGACUACAGGCAAAAGGCAGAGAGACCUUCAUCUGUGCCACUCAAUCGGGAGACUGGGUGGUACAAGUCACGUUGCGAGGUCCGCUAUCCGUGGAGGAUUACCGUUUACCGCCAGCAGCAGGACAGCCGGAUGUGCUCCCCUCCGAUAUUGAAGAGAAGUGGCAAAUGUUGAGCUUGUAUACGCUGCCAGACUAUCGGGGUAAAAGCCUUGGCAAGCGAUUGUGUCGAGCAGCCUUUGCAUAUCUUGUGUCGCUCGAACGAGCACAGUCUAAAGUGCGGGUGCGCAUCAUGGUCAAGCCAGAGAACACGGCGACGCUUCACCUCUACAAAUCUCUUGGCUUUGAAGAUGCGGGGAGGUGCACGUUGGAGGAGGCGUUGAGAGCCAAUGGGGAUUCUGAACUUUUGCCCCAUGGGGACUUGCCGGAGAAAUAUACGACUAGGACUGGGCUGAUCAUGGAUCUCAGUCUGAAUCGUGAGCCGCUCAGUUCAGUAGAAGGCUCAUAUUCGCCUGUGUCCUCGAAGAAAGUUUGUAGCUAG